AUGAAGUUACUAAUAGACAAACACGCUCGGUACUUCCAAUUGUGUCUCAAUUCAUUGCCUCAAAAGGCUCAAUCAGAAGAUUCCAACAAGCUCGCGCUCGUUUAUUUCAACUUGUAUGGCUUAGCACUUAUAGGAAAGCUUGAUUUGGAAAAAUGCAGUGGAUACGUUGAUUAUGUGUACCAGCAUCUAAUUCCGCUUCAAGAUCUGCUGAUCCAAGCAUUCCGGAGCAGUAAUACUUUUGCUCUUGAUUCAUCGAAGAAUGAUUACGACUUGCCGAACCUUUCUUCGACAUUCUUUGCAUUGGCAAUACUCUUAGUGCUAGAAGAAGAUUUCUCGUCGAAAAUUGACAGACACAAAAUCAUGAAUUUUGUUUCACGAUGCCAAGUAAAAGAUGGCCUGGAAAAAGGGGCAUUCAGACCCGUUUUGGAUUGUAAUGGUAACCCCUAUGGAGAAUCUGAUCUACGAUUGUGCUAUGUCGCUGCAUCAAUUCGAACAAUAUUAGGAUAUGAUAAAUUGCCUGCGUCUGAGCGCGUAAACGACUUUGAUAUCGCAGCAUUAGAAGCUUUCAUUUUGGAUAAAGUCGCUAUUGCUGGAGGAUUGUCAUCAGCUGCGUGUGCCGAAGCCCAUUCCGGGCUCACCUUUUGUGGAAUUGCCGCCUUGAAACAAAUCAGUCGCGAACAUUUUCUGUCGGGAGCAAAUUGGAUUGAUUCUACAAUCGAGUGGCUAGCGCAUCGCCAGGUAGAUUACCCAGACCUUCUAUACAAAGAGGACUAUGAAUUUUACGAUUCAAUCGAUGAAGGAGGCUUCAACGGCCGCCCUAACAAAUUUGCAGAUACAUGUUACUCCUGGUGGGUGAUGGCGCUGAUGCAAAUGCUCUGCCACGAUGGGCUCUUGUUUGAUUUACCUAGAGCCCUAGAGUACCUACUAGGCGUUACACAACAUAAAUUAAUGGGUGGUUUUGGCAAGGAUGGCCAAGCGUUUCCGGAUCCUUUCCAUUCGUUUCUUGGAAUUGCUUCUAUUGCAUUGAUCCAUCAGAAUGCUCCAGAUCUUGAAUUUGAGGGCAUGGAAAGUCUCCAGCCGGUUGAUGUAGAGUUAGUGAUCCUGAAGAAACUGCGGGAUUUCAUUGAUCAAUUAUGGUCCUAG